UUGAAGGCGGGAGUUGCUGGUGAAUAGUACAGCCGAACUGUAUAUGAGUUUUGUGUCGCAGACAGUACUGCGGGUCUAAUUUUAUUAGCCAUAGUUACUGUUUCAUUAAAUUCAAACAAAGACCUUGACUUCACCAAUAUUAGACACUUAAAGCAAUGCAUAUAUAUUUUUGUGGGAGCAUUCGUGGUGGAAGACAGGAUGUGGCUAUAUAUCAGAAGAUUGUAAAGCUAUUGCAAAAAUAUGGCGCAGUUUUGACCGAACAUGUUAGCAGUAGCGAGCUCACAGAGAAGGGUGAAGAUGUGGUGCUGAAGGGGGACAAGGACAUCCAUGAUCGGGACAUGGAGUGGCUUUCUAUGUCAGACGUGAUCGUUGCCGAGGUGACGCAGCCAUCCUUAGGAGUAGGCUAUGAACUGGGACGAGCAGUGGCCAUGAAGAAGAAGGUCCUCUGCAUUUUCCGGCCUUCAUCCGGUAGAGUGCUGUCUGCCAUGAUAAGAGGGGCUGAUGAUGGAUCUCUCUUCCGUGUUUUGGACUACCGUGAGGAUGAGGUUGAGCAGAUCCUGGAGAAAUACUUUGAUGAACUGGUGAAGAACUGAAGAGAGACCUGUCCAGCUGCUAUGCAUCUGUCCUAAUGCUGUUGCUGGUCAUGACUUCUUCUGCAUUUAGUGCAGUCAGUCUGCUAGAUUGAUUCCACAGUAUUUUAACAUUCCUGUGCAAGCUCAGCAUGUUUCGAAUGAGAGUGUAUUUUUUUUGGUUGAAUAAAUAUUUUUUUAAAAUGG